AUGGGUCAAAAAAUCCAGAUAGUGACGGCACUGGACUCCACUGUGCCCAAACAGCAGUUUAUCCUGGCAGCACCUGAUGGCUCUUCAGCAGGCAAAGUCCUCCUGGCAUCACCUGAGGGUACUAGUGCCAAACAGCUUAUCUUUGCCACUGCUGACAGCCUGGUGCCUGGACGAAUUCAGUUUGUAACAGAUGCAGUGUCAGUGGAGAGGCUUCUGAGUAAAGGGGCAGACAUGAGCCGAGCACAGCCUAUUGAAUACUGCGUGGUAUGUGGAGAUAAAGCCUCAGGGAGGCAUUAUGGGGCAGUCAGCUGCGAAGGUUGUAAGGGGUUCUUCAAGCGAAGUGUGCGCAAGAGUCUGACAUACAGCUGCCGCAGUAACCAGGACUGUGUGGUCAACAAACACCAUCGCAACCGCUGCCAGUUCUGUCGUCUCAGGAAGUGCUUGGAGAUGGGCAUGAAGAUGGAGUCUGUACAGAGUGAGAGGAAACCCAUUGAUCUUCCUAGAGAAAAACCUGCCAACUGUGCAGCAUCCACAGAGAAAAUCUACAUCAGGAAAGACCUGCGGAGUCCCCUCAUCGCAACACCCACCUUCAUCUCUGAGAAAGAUGCCUCACGGUCCAGGCUGUUGGACUCUGGGAUGCUUGUCAAUAUCCAACAACCUUUAACACAAGCUGAUGGCACAUUACUAUUAGCAACAGACAAAGCGGAGUCAGGACAAGGUGAUCUGGGGACGCUGGCUAAUGUGGUUUCAUCAUUAGCCAACCUGAAUGAUCCGGUUAGUAACGGAGAGCUGGAGGAGUCACCCAGUGAAAUCACACGUGCCUUUGACACGCUAGCUAAAGCUCUGAACCCCAGUGAGGUGGUGGAGGGCCAGAGCUUGUCAGAGGUGGAUGGGGUGGGCGGAGCUACAAUACAGGUGAUCAGCAGGGAUCAAAUCUCACCACUCAUAGAAGUCGAGGGACCUCUGCUUACAGACACACACAUCAGCUUUAAGUUGACGAUGCCAAGCCCAAUGCCCGAGUAUCUGAAUGUGCAUUAUAUCUGUGAGUCUGCAUCACGCCUGCUCUUCCUCUCCAUGCACUGGGCGCGCUCUAUUCCAGCCUUCCUUGCUCUCGGGCAGGAAUGUAACACAGCUCUGGUGCGAGCAUGCUGGAAUGAGUUGUUUAUUCUGGGUCUGGCACAGUGCGCUCAGAUCAUGAGUCUGUCCACCAUCCUCGCUGCCAUCGUCAAUCAUCUGCAGUCCAGUAUCCAGGACGACAAGCUAUCGAGUGAACGCAUUACACUAGUCAUGGAGCACAUAUGGAAGCUGCAGGAGUUCUGCAACAGCAUGGCAAAGCUGCAGACAGACGGAUAUGAAUAUGCCUACUUAAAAGCCAUUGUCCUGUUCAGUCCAGAUCACCCAGGUGUGAGCAGCUGUAGCCAAAUUGAAAAGUUCCAGGAAAAAGCGCAGAUGGAACUCCAGGACUAUGUGCAAAAGACUUAUCCCGAUGAUACCUACAGGUUGGCCCGAAUCCUGUUGCGUUUACCAGCGUUGCGGUUGAUGAGUUCCAGUAUAACUGAAGAGCUGUUUUUUACUGGCCUUAUUGGAAAUGUACCGAUCGACAGUAUCAUCCCAUAUAUCCUUAAAAUGGAGACUGCAGACUACAACAGCCAAAUCACAAGUCCCUCUGUGUGAUCGCGCUCUGACUGUCAUUUAAUUUUGACCUUCAGACUGAAGUCAUGCAAGUCCCAUCAUCCCUUGCCUUCACGGUGACUCAAAUAUAUCACAAUAUAUUGAACCGACCAGCAAGCUCUACCUCAAGAGGAGCUGCAACAGUGAAAGCCUUUCAGUAUGUGACCGUUACCCUAGAAAUAUUGUUAUAGUUUGCAGAGAGAUGCAUUAUGGGACUUUCAGUUCCAAUGACAGGACAUUUGCCUCGAAAAUUAAACAAAGGCCUUUCUUUUUUUAAACCUUAAUUUAAAAACACUUGAGCACUUCAUGAUGAUUCCAAUGGAAACAAUCCAAGACAAAAUGUUGAAAUCCCCAAAUUCUCCCAAUACAGUUUUUGUUUUACUUACGAGGAUAAUAUCUACAGCAAUGGUCUUUUCCAGUGGAAGAUGUGAUUCUUGGAAUGUAACCGUUGACAUCAAGACAGUUUGCUUCUGAAUCGCUACUCAUUCAUUUUUCUCAUUGAUAACGCAGUUAUUGAGUAGAAUGCAAAUUUUCUGUGUCCCACAGACUUUGUACUGUCACUUCUGUCGUCAUGACAA